ACCAAGAACGAUGAAUAAGAAAGUUGAAAGUCAGUGAUAGAUAAUCUCUCAGAUCACAUUCAAUUGUUGUCAAAAUUUCAAGUUAAAUAUAGUUAUAAUUGUGCAAAGAUAUUCAUAAUCUUUUUGGACUAAUUGCUACAAAAUAUUGAUGAUUUAUUCCUAAUAUUAUGAUUGGCGUUUUGUUCAUCUUUCAAUUGAUACUCAGCCAUUUCGUAAUAUCAAUAACCUCAAAUUCACCAUGUUUAAUUGGUAAUGAAAAGGGUGAUGAUGAUUUACCUGCUUACGAUUUCAUCCGACUGUUUGGUCUGGAUAAUCCAGAUUUCGAGUUUCCUGGAGUGAAAAAAGUCCGUGGCUCAAGUGAUUAUCAAAUUGCCUACCGAUUAUCACGUAGAUCUGAUCUAAUUUUACCAACAAGGAAAAUAUUCCCAUUUGGUAUUCCAAAUGAAUUUUCAUUUGUUUGCUCCUUUCGACAACGUCCAUCGAAAACAGAGGCUUGGGAGUUAAUAAAGAUCUCUGAUAGUUCUGGGUUACCUCAGUUGGCUGUUAAAUUUAUUCCGAUCCACCGUAAACUUGAGUUGAGUUUAGCUUCAUUCAACCAAAGUAUCGAGAAGAUUAGCUUUACCAAUGUGACAAGCAAUGAUGGACUCUGGCAUAAGAUUGCUAUUGGUUUGACUAAGGAUCGGGCAACUUUACAUCAUAAUUGUGCAGAGCACAGUUUUCAAAGUAUUGUACCGAUUAACAGUUUGGAUUAUCAAGGAAACUUAAUGGUCGCUAAAUUUGCCGAUGAAUCAACAACUGUUCCUCUUGAUCUUCAAUGGAUGGUUCUUAACUGCGAUGUUACUCAAAGUUCGAAGGAAACUUGCGAUGAAUUACCAGACGCCGUUGAGCCACCUAAAUUCAUACCAAUACCAGAAGAGUGUAGAGCUUGUCCUCCAGGUCAACCAGGAAUGAGAGGAUUACCGGGCGAGCAAGGACCUCCAGGAAAGGAUGGACCAGAGGGACAAACAGGAGAGACUGGGUCGCCUGGUAAACCUGGACAAAAGGGCGAACAAGGUUUUACAGGAAUUCCUGGUUUAUCUGGCAGCAAAGGUGAACCAGGAAUGACGGGAGAAAAAGGCAACACUGGAUCUCCUGGUGUUGAAGGACCUGUCGGUCCACCAGGGGCUAAAGGUGAUAUUGGUCCUCCUGGUUUACCGGCUGAAUUAGGUUCGAAAGGUGACAAAGGUGAUCAAGGCGAACCAGGAGAACCAGGAAAAUCAGGUCCUAAAGGAGAACCAGGAAAUUCUGGUGAACCUGGUCAAGAAGGAUCAACAGGACCUAUUGGUCCACCAGGCGAACCUGGACAAAGGGGUGAAAAAGGUGAAUCUGGUCUUCCAGGACCUCCUGGUCCAGUUGGCUCACCUGGACCACCAGGAAUCAUAGUUUCAGAGAGAAAUGAAAACAAAUCAGAUGUUCAAUUGACUGAGAAUGAAAUUAGGCAAAUUUGUAUGUCAUUGAUUAAAGAGUUUGCUAGCAAUUUUAAUGGAACACCUCAUGAGCCAGGUCCGCCAGGUCCACCAGGACUACCAGGACCAGUAGGACCAACGGGACCUCAAGGAUCUCCUGGACAAGAAGGACCGCCAGGUCCACCAGGUAGACCUGGAAGGGGUAGAAUCGGAAAGCCUAGCGAUCGUUCAGGUCCACCAGGUCCACCAGGAUCACCAGGAUUACAAGGCGAAAGAGGUUAUCCAGGUUUACCAGGAGUACCAGGGCCAAAAGGUUCAACUGGCGAAAAGGGUGAUAAAGGUGACCGAGGAAAUGAUGGAAUCGGCAUUGAAGGACCCAUUGGAGCUCCGGGUAACCCUGGUCCACCAGGUACUCCAGGAGUCGGUCUUCCUGGUCCAGCCGGAGAACCAGGUCCACCUGGACAGGUUGGUGCUCCAGGACCACAAGGAUAUGCUGGUGAACAAGGUCCUCCUGGCUAUUGUGAGCAAUGUCCACCACUGUUAAUACCAAAUCAAGAGAAAGGACCGGGUUGACUCACAAUUUAGAAACAUGAAAAUGAUUAUUUUACCAAUGCUGAAAGUCCUCGGUAUAAGAUUUUUCUGAAUAUAACUUGGAUUUUAUGGCUUUUUUGUACAAAUUUAUAAUUUCAUUGAUUAUAACUUUUUAGUUUUGCUCAAAAAUAAAUCAAACAAUUAUGCGAUA